CGCGCCCAUACCGGUAUGCCAUAUGACGAGUCUGGCGGCGAGGCCGAAAUACAAGUCGGAAAACGGAACAUCAUGUCGAGUUUUCAGCGUCAUGGAGAUUUCACAGUGACAAAAUCUACUAAAGGAGGUGGUAGAAAUUACUACGGACAUGAUGAUCGCACUCGAGAAACACCAAGUGGCCACUGGCGAGGUGGAGGAAGAGGAGGGGGAGGUGGAGGAAGAGGAGGAGGAGGAGGAGGAGGAGGAGGAAGAGGCGGGGGACGAGGAGGAGGAAACAGAAAUGACUGGGAUCAGAGUGACAGAUAUGACCGAAAUGAUAACUUCAGAGGACAAGGACGCAAUGACUAUGACAGAUAUAAUGACAGAGAUGGUGGUUAUAGAGGAAGGGGAAGGGGUAGAGGUGGUGGACAAACAAGUGGUAACAGUGGAGGUGGAGGAAGUGGUGGUGGAGGAAAAUGGAGAGGAGGUCGUGGAGGUGGUAGAAGAGAUAAAAGGAGAGGAGGAGGAGGAGGAGGAGGUCAUCGAGGGGAUGGAGCUGGAGGAGGAAUGAAUAAUAGGGAUUCAGACCAAGUUCAUCCAAGGUCAAGAUUAGAAGAUGAUGAUGUAUCGAUGGAUGAUGGAGACAAUCCAAAAGCAAAUUCGAGAUUUAAUCCAUAUGGAAACCGUAAAUCUGGAGCAAACCAGAGGAGAUCACAGAACAAUGAUAGAAGAGGAGGUUCAUCACAAAGCUCUAUGUCAAGACUAGGUUUACCAUUUAAGGAUGGUUCUAGGCAUAGUGGAAGGGAUGACGAAACAUGGUGUAAAAUUACUAUACCAUAUGGGAAGAAGAGUGAAAAGGAAUGGCUCAUCAAGACUAUCCAAGGUGCUUGUAAAGAACCUUUUAUACCACAAGAGUUUACUUAUGAUAAUCAGAAUGCAAUCUUUUAUGUGGACGAUUUAGCUACUGGUGAAGCUUUGAAAGAUGUUAGCACCAGAAUAACAACACCAAGUGGAUACAAGAUCAUCAUUCAGACUCGUCCAUGCAGACCACCCAUGAAAUCAGUGUUUAAUGAUAAAGAUCUUGAUCUACUCAAACAAGUUAUGAGCAGACGUUAUGAUCCUUCUGCCAAAUCACUAGACCUUGGGAAUCUGACAAAUGAUGCUGAUUUGAAAGGAAAGCUGUUCCUCAUUGUAGAAAGACCAGCCCACUUUGCUGCAAUCCUUAAAAUAAUUACUGAAAACAUUCCAGAGAUGACAAUGCUUCAACUUGAUGCUAACAAACUAUACAAUCUAAAGAGCAUGUCUGAUCUACCGCUAAAGAUGCCAAAUAUCACAACACUCAGCCUGGCACGUAACAAUUUGAGAUCUGAAGGAGAGCUAGACAAUCUGAAAGGACUCAAGCUAAAGGAGUUGACUCUCGAUGGUAACCCUCUAUGUGAUAACUUCAGAGAACAAUCAACAUAUAUCAGCGCUGUUCGAUCAAGAUUUCCCAAGGUAGAGAUCUUGGAUGGAAGCACACUACCCCCUCCUAUCAACUUUGACCUGGAAGACACUGCUCCAUUACCCACUAUGCAACCAAACUUCUUUGCAGGGGACAAAGUCAAAGCAAUCUUGGUUCCAUUCUUGGAAAGGUUCUUCAAAGUAUAUGAUUCCCGGGACAGACAACCACUACUUGAAAUCUAUCAUGAUCAGUCAAGUUUCUCACUAUCAAUACCUUUGAACAUGGAGCCUGGCCAAGGGAAGACACGUCUUAGCCGCUAUUUGAGAGAACAUCAAAGCCGUAAUCUACUUGUUACAAAGGACCCAGCUCAAAGGAACAAGCUGAUAAAGCAGAAGAAAGUACCUAUCAUAGCCUACCUUCAUGAUCUACCAGCCACUCAACAUGAUAUGAAUUCCCUUAGGAUUGAUGUAUCAAUGGCACAGGGAAAUCUACUAUGUUUCACAGUCAGUGGUACUUUCAAAGAAGUUACCAGCAAGUCCAACGACGAGGUAGUAAUUGCAUUCAGUAGAGUAUUCUUAGCUUCACAUCACCCUACUACUGGCCUAUGUAUUAUCAAUGAUCAACUCUGCCUAAGACCAGCUACUAACCAACAAAAGAGCUCAUUUGCUAGCCCUGGUCCUACACCAUCUACUAGUCCUGUCAACGUUCCUCAAUCAAUGCCAGCACCAAUACCACAAGGACUUGGCCCAACACAGCAACAGAUGCUUGCUGAAUUCAUGAGAGUCUCUGGUAUGAAUGCUGAUUGGUCUAUGAAGUGUCUAGAAGAGAAUAACUGGAAUUAUGAACAAUCUGGGACAGUUUUCACAAGUUUACAGAGUGAAGGGAAGAUUCCACCAGAAGCAUUCAAGCAAGCGUGAUGGAUGUAGUCACUGUAAAUUGUGUUACUGCUAUUUGAUUUUGUUCUGUGUGUUUUUAAUAUGAAAUGGGGUGUUUGAAAUCCUGUAUUGACAUGUAUCCAAACAUCAUUAAUUCAUAAGUUUAUGCACGAGAAAUAUGGAUAAAAUUGGGAAAUAUGCCUUCAGUAUUUAUCUACACUGUUUUGUGAGUGACUCUGUUUAAGUCUUGUUAAAUUGCGAAGAUUGUGUUUGUUGCUGGGGAAAAACUGAAAUGUGAAAAUAUGUGUUAUUAGUGACAUUCAGAACAAAUAUGAAAGGAAAUGUGCAUAAUCUAGAGGCUUCUUUGCAAUACCUGGCAUUAUAUUUUUAAUGACAUACAUUAAAAUGUAAAUUGACAAUAAGUAUUAGAGCAAAAUAGGUAGACUAAUAAAUGCUCUCCAUAUAAAGCAUGUUUUAUAUUUUUAGACCACUGAUUUUUAAUGUGAAUGUUUUUUUUUCAGUGUAUUUAUUUAGUAAUCAUCACAGGUACAAGAUAUGUAAAUUUCAAAAGAUGUAUAAAUAUAAUUUCACAAUUAUGAAUUGUUCUUGCAAAAGAUUGAGUUGUACCUGUUUUUAAUCUCAGGAAGUUCUUAUUGAACUAAAGUGAAUCAUUUGAUUUGAAAUCACAAGUUUUUUUAAAUUUGGAAAUGUUUGAAUUGCAUCAGAUCCCAUUCUGUAAAGAAUUAAAAAAAAAAAAAAACUUAUUUUGUCAGUAGCUUGUUUAUGAUUUUUUAUUGACUUGAUUGGCAAUCACUUUGCUAGAAAUCCCUGUACAGCUAAUUGUAUUGUGUUUCUGAAUAAGAAAUCAAAGAGAAUUACAAUUAUACAAAUUACAUGAAUUUCAAAAUUAAAACCAUUAUUAUAGUUUUUGCUCGGCAGACAUUUGAAAAUUUCAUUUCAAAUCAUGUAGUAAUAUUAAAGCAAUAUACUUAGGUAUUAUUUUCAACUAGAGUGCACAUGUUAUGAACACAAUGUGUGAUAUACAGUGAACAUGUAUUUUUAGUUAUUUUGCUUUCUGGUACCAUUUAUUGACCUCUCAAUCUUCUCCCCAUUUAUCCCACUACAUGUUUUGUUUUUGAUGGAAUGACUAAUGAUUGACAUCUGAUUGGUAUGACAUUCAGGAUUAAGACAGAGCUAUAGAAUGUUGACAUUGAAGUCAGAUCGAGCAUGCGAUCUUAAGCACAUAGGAGUAAUGCCGAAAAUUUGUUUACAAAUUAUGAUUUCUCCUAUUAAAGCCUCUUUAUUAACUAAACUCAGAUAUGCUUGAUUGAAAAAUAACUUGACCUGUACAAGCUUUUAUUCAAGGUAGAGCUAUCAGAUUCACAUUCAGAAUUGAUGGAUGUUUAGUCUUAUAGAGGGAUUUCCUAUUUAUUUUCUCUUCACAAUGCAUACUGAUAAAGUCUUCAUGUGUUUUUCAAAAGGUAGUCUUCAUAAUCCUGUGAUACUUCUAUCUCUGAGAAACUGUAGGGGAAUAAGACUUGCAUUUUUUUAUCAUCAAGCGGGUCUAUGCCAUACACACAAUGAUUUCCCAGACUAAGUGAAACAAAAAUUAUAUUGGAAAAGUUUGCUGCAUCCCAUUAUGUGGUAGCCUGUGGUCAUAUGACUCAGCUGUCUGUAGCUGUAGACUCGCCCGUCUGUAACUGUAUUUUCACUGUAUAUAAUGCAUGGUGAUAAUGCACCCUUAGUCACAUGAUCAUAUAUGAUAUGUAUUCCGAGUCACAUGAUGUAAUAUUUUGUGUGUAUGUUGUGUGUUGUAAUCUGCACAGAUGAUAUUGAAACAUUUACUUUUGACUGAACAUAACUGUAUGUCGCUUUCUUAGCUUACUUUCCUAUACUACGUUUUCACUGCUUCUGUUGCAGAAAGCUGUACAUACUUAGAUGGUAUUCUAUCCGAUGGUUAUUUCACUUCUAUAAGAUAUUGAUCAAUUUGUGAUUGUGACUUGUUGUUACAUUGGCAAUUCUCAACAAGGCUGUUUGUGUCUUUUACAGUUUCACUUGACUAAGAAAAUAUAUUGAAAGUUGUAUUUUUUGUAUUGUUAAUUAAAGACGAGACAUGUUGCUUUGUCUGCACUAUACAUUAUGUAAGUUGAUUUACAAGAUACCAAACAGGAAUGCCACCUUGUACCUUUUUACUAGCAAGUACCUACCAGGUAUUCUUUUGAAUUCUCUUUGGGAAGUUUAUUUGCUCCCAUUUUCAUUAAAAAAAAAAUCAAAGUUGUUCCAUUCAACAGGGUUGAUAAAUGGAUUGGUCUGAGCAGUCAAGAAAUAAAACCUGGAGCAGAUCGUCAGUUGGCAUUCUCCUUUUUUAUAUUUGAUAACAAAAUAAGGUUCCUGAAUUGUACCUACAUUCAUGGUUUUCUGUUCUGUAGUUCCUAUUAAUCCUAUACAUGGUGCGCAGUGGUGGGGCUUCUUUGAAAAGGAAGAGUAUCAUACUACCCUACUUCCUGUUUGGAUCAGGUCAUUACAGACAUGGGAGCAGAGAUGCAAUCACAUACUUGAAAUUUUAUACCUCGGUCACAUUUGCUCUAUGACGGCCAUAUGCCGAGUCGAAAACAGCCGUCUUAAACAUUUUUUUGUACCAGCUACAUAUAGGUGGUUUAAAUGAGAAAGAAUGAAACGGCUGUUUUCGACUCGCCGUACACCAUAGAUAUGUGACCGAGGUCAACAUCAACAUGUGUCAUCUGACAAGUCGUCAGAUCUGACCCUGAUUGUGAUUGGCCAGGGAGCACAGGUGUCUGAUCGUUGCUAUGGUAACUGUUAGAUGAAACAGAAUACCCCCCUGCUCAUGCUGAUUUAGAGAGGGCUUUAUAUUCUGUGAUAUGCUUCAUGAAGAUCAGGAUUCUAGGACCCCGUUCUCAUUACACUUUCUAAAACUAGUUUACUGGAAACCGAUUCAGGAAACCAGUUAGGAAGAUCGUUUUGCUAGCGUUCCCAUUUGAUCACCCAAAAGUGGUUUUCAAAAUCACUUCAUGUAAAGCAAUCUUGUUGCUAUGGGAACACUCUCAGUGGGGUGACAGGUUUCAUGCGAAAUUCAAAACUGUAGCAUAGGCAUUCUACACAUGUGUGGAGUAGCCCGCUCAAAAUGUGCUAAGAUCGCUUCCCGAAGAACGGUUGUGUCCUCGUGCUAAAACCAGUUUAAUGAGGCAAAGCGAUCUUGAAAAGUACAUGCGAGGUGGUUUUAUGAACCGACUUGGAAGAUCGCUUCGACCGUUCUCAUUACAUGUUAAACUAGUUUCCAGUAAACUAGUUUUAGGAAGGUGAUAAGAUUGGUGUCUCUGAUUCCAUCCCCUCAGAUAGUUCAAAUAAUUCCCAUUCUAGAACUUUAAAAUGUCAUCCUCAUAAAUAUUUAUAGCCUUUGUUGCAUAGAGAAAUCAUUUAUGAUGUGGCAUGCCUAACAAUAGGAUAGAGCGUCACAUCAAAACACAUAAAUAUAUAUAUUAAUUUUCUCUUCCCUCUUUUUAAGGGUUAAAAUUGAAGGGAAAUUGUAAUCCACUUCUAAGUUUGAUGUGUGUUUUGUGUUUUAGCCUGGUCAUUGUGUUAUUUUGAUGGAAUCCCUUGAGAAACAUGUACUUGAGUUCCUUCAAACUAAUCUGUUGAUCAGGACAAACUUCUUGGUGAGGUUAUGUACCUUUUCCUACACGUUGCUGUUAGACUCAAUGUUUUCCACCUAUCUGUCUUGUAAGGUUGUUUAAUGAAUGGGCACCGUCCAUUUGAGUAAUUACCCUCUUUCCUGUAUCCUGAUUUGAAUGUAAAGAUUCUCCUCUCGCCAUCCAUUCUUCUUUCUUAGCUAUGAAUUCUCAUCCCCCAGACUCCAUUAUCUAGGGUUUAUAUCACCACUUUAUAAACCAAUGAAACAUGUAGCCAAUUUUAGCUCUUUUUUUCUUUCUUUCUAGUUUCAAAUUGUUCAUAUGAAAUAGUUUUUGUUUAGAUACCCAAGUUGGGCAAUUGGUAAAUGUUUUUGUAAUAGUAAUGAACCUUUUGUAAUUAUUAACUUUUAGAUGUACAUAUCUAUAUACUUUUCUUUUUUAUGCAUGUUGGAAAUUGUAUUUUGGUGCAAGAGACAAAAAGACAAGUGUUCUUAUUUCAGAAUUAAGUUUAGAAAUUACUGUAAGGUUUGGUUCUCAAUAGAAUCAUGUGUAUGUAUAUAGCAUUUGUAAGAUGUAAGAAUGGUAGUGUAGUGUGCCAAAUUGGUGUAAAUGAUAUUCAAAGGAAACAUGCAAAGUAUGUUUUAUAAAGGUGUUUUAAUGUUACAAUGUAAUUUAAACUGAUCCUUUUGGGUAUUACAUAGCCCCCAAAGGUAUGUUUGUUUAUAUUGCACACACACUAUCCUUAGAUAGAAAUCAGUUCAAGAUGCAGUGUAAAGGACACCAUACAUUUCAUGUUCUUAAUCAUUUAAUUCGGAUAAGAGAAAGUUUGUGGUGGUAAUUAUAGUGAUUAUUUUUAAAUAAAGUUAGAUUGCAUAGUUCAUUUUUUGUGUGUGUUGAACAUAAGAUGAAAAAAAAGUUUGUUUCCAUAAUCAGAGAGGCAGUACUCUAUUAUUAAUCAUUUAUGUGUAAUUUUUGUUCUAAUGCUGAUUAAUUGAAAAUGAAUCAGAUAAGUAUGCUAUGAAACCUUUUAAGCACAUAUUUGUGAUAUUUUUUAUGAUACAUUGAGAUCUAUUAUGAGAGAUGUUUUUUUAUCAGGGAAAGUUAUGAUAAUAUGAUUUAAUUAUGACAUGUUAAGAUGAUUGCAGGUGGAAUGAGUUCAUGGAUUGAUUUAUUAUGUUAUCAUUUUUAAAGCUAUUCACAUUUAUUUUAAAGUGAGCAAUAACAACCCAAUAUACUGGAAAGAUAAAAAAAAGUACCAAAGUUCAUUUGUUAUCAAUGAUUUGAAAUGUGUUCAGUGUCCAGAUGAAAAAAAAAGUGGGAAUGAUUAAAUUUUACUAACACCUUGCCAAUAAAUAAACUUUGUAAUUUCUCAUUUA